CGAAUUCGUGGAUAAGAAUGAGAAUGGCAAUCCAAAGCAAUUUCGUACUUGUAACAAUUGUCGCAAUCAAAGAAACAGACCUUCAACUAGUAAUAAUGCCCGUGAUAAUGAAGAAUGUUUAGAAACAAUUGAAAUCGAAGCUCUAUGUCAAAGUUUAAGAGAGCUGCUUAAUAAUUGCGAUUUGGAAAAUAGAAAUUUGUUAGCAACGCAAUUACAUUAUGCAUUAGACGUUAGCAACUUUGAUGAUUCUGCAAAAAAGAUAGCUAACGAAAUAGUCGGCCUAAUCGAAGACAUUGGUGAAUACAACUGGGUGUAA